AUGGCGACUGAGAAUUCUGAAAGCAGUUUGGUGGUGGCUUCGUGGACGACGCUUCAGGUUCCUAAAUCUAGUACUUUUGAUACGAGGAAUACGGAGGAUGGGAGGACAUGGCUUUCUAUCAUCAGACCUAUGACGCGUUCGAAGCAACCGGGCUUUUUGCAUGGGAUUUUUGGGAGGGUUGUUGAGUCGAUGCAGACUGUUUGGCUUGUUACAGCAUGGGAGUCCUCAGAAGCACUUGAAAAGUUCGAAGCUUCGUCAACUUGGUCUACGCAGCGUGAACUCAUGGCUUCGAUGAGCAUGACGUUCCCAAAGACUGUGCAUUGCGACUUUUCGGGCUUUUGGUGGGAUCGUUUGACGCCUCAUACUGGAGUCACUGAUCUUUCAUUUCCAUCGUCCAUCGCUGAGGACGUAUGCAUGAAAAUUCUAGGCGUCAAGGGACUGGAAUACUUUUUCCGUCCUGGUGCCUCGGAGCCGAAAGCUUUUAAUGGGAGUGGUGUGCGUGGAUGGAUCAGAGGGACUUCUAGGGUCGACGACGUGGAGGUGAUUACGUUACGGGUCUUUGAUCAUUGGAUGAGUGAUGAGUUGGAGACGGAGUUUAAGACGAAAGCUUCUACACUUGAGGGCGAGGAGGGGAUUUUGGUGUACGAUCGGUUCGUCAGAGAUUUUAAGGAGCUUGGGAUGGUGAACAUGAAGGAGCGGCAUUGUAGGUUUACGCAUAUUCCGACGACUUUCUAUUGA